UAAAUAUCAUGGUAAAUCGCCCGCUCAUAUUAAAAUAUCAUUUUUAUAUUUCUUCGUUUUCUUCUGUUUUACUACAUUAGUCGCCGUCGUAUUUUAUUUUUAUUAUUAUUAAACAAACGCGCUUCAUAUGAACUCUCCAAUAAUUUUCUGAAGCAUUCGUUGAUAAACAAUCAGCAGAGUCACAGCAAACAAACGGCGACAACGAAACAAAUCAACCAAAAAUAAACCUACAAGAUCGCAUCGGAGUUAAACAAUUUUGUGUGAUCGUUAGUAUAUAUAUAUAUGUGUGUGUGUGUUUGUGCGAGUCUAACAAUUUAAACAUUUGACCACUGUAAACAAACAACUAAAUAAAGAAAAACCAACAAACAAUCAAACAAACAAAACAUAUAAAAUAAAACAAAUAACAAUUCAAAUGUAUGACGACAACAACAACAAGAAUUAUAAAAAAGAAACUAUGGCAACAAGUGUUUUUGUUUGAUUCAGGAAUUUGAUUACUCAUCAGAUUUAGUCUCAUUUGCAGUCACCGUCAUCGUCUGUCAAAAAGUCACACUCUCUCGAUCUGUAUUUAAAUGAUGUUGCAAACAGUUCGUUUUGAUGUUGAAUCAUCACACUUUUAUUCACGUUGAAAAAAUAAACAACAAAUAUUACCUGGAAUUUUUACUACUACAACUACAACAACAGUUACUUCUCAAGAUUUACUCACCAAAUAAACACCAACAACAAAUAAGAGCAGUUAGUUCUCAUUAAAAAAACAACACCAGUCAACCUUCAGUCAGCAUCUUUAACAUUUUGUUGUAUUUAAUAUUUUAUACAUUCAUUAUGAGUGAUACAACCUAUGACAACAGCAGUAACGCAAACGAUAUGGAGGCCGAAGAUGGAUUUGCUUCAUCAAUGCUUACUUUUGCAGCCAUUAUGACUCUGCUGAUUAUGGUUGUGGGGAUUUUUGGUAACUUUCUCACCGUUGCAGCUUUAAUUAAAUGUCCAAAAGUCCGAAAUGUAGCAGCAGCAUUUAUAAUGAGCUUAUGUAUAGCAGAUUUAUUAUUUUGCGCUUUAGUUUUGCCAUUUAAUGCCUAUCGAUUCAUUGAAGGGACCUGGGAACCUCGAGAUGUUCUCUGUAAGAUGAUACCAUUUAUACAAUAUGGAAAUAUUGGAGUUUCCCUUUUAUGUAUUGCUAUGAUCACUAUUAAUAGAUAUGUCAUGAUUGCCCAUCAUAGUUCAUAUGGGAAAAUCUAUAAAAGACAUUGGAUUGCAGCCAUGAUAAUAUUCUGUUGGGUGUUUUCAUAUGGCAUGCAAUUGCCAACACUAGUCGGUGCCUGGGGCACUUUCGGUUAUGAUAAAAAACUAGGAACUUGUUCUAUACUAGAAGACGAUCAUGGUCAUAGCAGCAAGACCACACUAUUUGUGACUGCCUUUGUAAUACCAUGCAUAAUAAUUAUAGCAUGUUAUACAAAAAUUUUCUGGGUGGUACACAAGUCGGAACAGCGUUUAAAGCGUCAUGCCAACAAACAAAAUUCCAUACCAAAUAAUUUGAGAACAACACCCGUUGCUACGGGCAGCAAUGUUGAAACGGGCAAUGGUCAAAGCAGAGUAUCUUCUGCCGACAGUAGUAGUUUUUCGACAGACGUUAAACACGAAUCGGUGCAGAAACAAACGACUCGAGUGAAGGAUCAAAGGGAGGUGAGAGCGAAACGGAAUGAAUGGCGCAUUACUAAGAUGGUGCUGGCAAUAUUUUUGAGCUUUGUCAUUUGUUAUUUGCCCAUUACUAUUGCCAAAGUGGCCGAUCAGGAUGUUGAACAUCCCAAUUUUCAUAUACUCAGUUACAUCAUGUUGUAUAUGUCGGCCUGCAUCAAUCCUAUUAUUUAUGUCAUCAUGAACAAGCAGUAUCGCAAAGCCUACAAAACAGUAAUAAUGUGUCAGCCGGGACGUUUAUUGCCAUUUGGCAAACAUGCUGGUGGUGGUGGCAACAAUGGCAGUAGUGUGGCAGAGAAAUGGAAAGAUACCGGAUUGAACCGCAUGUCGCACAGUCGCACAAUGGUUUCGGCAGUGGACCAACAAAAUACCAGCUUCAGCAGUUCCGUCCAAUUGCCAGCUAUGGAACUGAGCAGCAAACCGAACGAAACAAAAACCAAAGAUACGAUAGAAUCAAUACCGGUGACGUUGCAGGCAGCAGAGUCCACAUCGACUCCGACAUCUAUAGAGAACGCGAGCAAGCCAGAAACUCAGAACACCGAAGAACUAGUGGUGGCGCCAUCGAAAAACGAACAAAUGCCCAUUCCCACUCCUGUCCAGAGUCACAGCAAGAAUACCAAUAUCACCAACAACAACAACAACCAAAACGAACAAGUCAACCUUUCAACGAAUAUCAUAACGCCAAGGACCAUCAAACGCAUAGCCCUGGUGGGCGGAGAUAUAAUUUUGGAGGAAGAGGAGGAAGAAGAGGAGGAGCAGGAGCCGGCAGCGAGACAGAUGAUAGAAAAUCAAUCGUGCGAAGAGAAGAAAAACGAACAGACGAUAAUGCCAACAUCAACGCCACCUCCACCGUCCACUGUGAGCCAACGGCCGACACCAGUGUACGUGAAUGCGAGUGUAUUGCACCAGAAGAAAAACCCAUCUUACGGUCAGAACAUCAACGUCAUUCCAGAUAAUAAAAAUUCCACAAAACUUUUAACCAAACCGAAACUUUAAAAGACUACUUUACAAUGCUUUAAUUACAUAAUUAAUUACGAGUAUCUAAUUGGUUAAUCAAACAUUCCAUUUACGUUUAAACCGAUCGAUGUUCAUAAGAAUUAUCGAUUUUUAUACUCUCGUGGUGAUUUAAAUCAA